AUGGACCAGAAACCUGAUCGGACUCCCCGCCUAAAGCUCAAUAAAGGACGCCGCAAGCGGCAGUACACCUCUGCCCUACACUUCCAAGAAUCCUCCGAGACUCCACUCUGGAGACUAGACUCUAUUUCCCAGAGGAACUUGCGCGGCUCCCAAACUACCAGGCGUGGCUCCACGUGGGACCAGGUGUUGGGGCCUUUUGUCCACGGGGCGGCUGGGCCGGGUCGGCUCUGCUUUCCUAAGACUCUGCCCUUCUCGAGAAGCCAAGAGGAGGAAGAGGCAAUGGCUCCUGUGCUCCUGGAGGCCAGCUCCCAGGAAUCAGUGACAUUCAAGGAUGUUGCAGUGGACUUCACCCAAGAUGAGUGGAGACAGUUGAACUGGGCUCAGAGAGAUCUGUACAAAGAUGUGAUGCUGGAGAACUAUAAGAACCUGGUCUCCCUGGGACUUAUGGUUUUUCAGCCAGAUGUGUUCUCCCAGCUGCAGACAGGUGAAGUUCCUUGGAUACCAGAGAGAGACAUUCCAAAAAGCACUUGCCCAGAUUUCCUUACUCAAGAAACAAGGCAGUAUACCACAGAGUCUGUUGCAAAGGAAGGCAUUUCUAUGAGAAAGUCAUCUAAGAAAAGGCACAUAAUGAACGGUCCUGGGGAUUACAGAUUGAAAGAAGACUGGGAAUGUGACAUCAGGCUACAGAAGCAAAGGAGCAACAAAGAAAGAAAAUCCAGACAAAUGACACUCACUCAUAAACCUAAUACCUUUGGGAAAAAGUUCAGUCUGGGUUUAAUCCUUGUUCCACAGCAGAAGACUGCAGAGGGGAAAAGUUUCCACAGAUGUGGUGUAUGUGUAAAGAGCUCUCAGCAGCAUUCAAGCAUUCUUAAAUGUGAUAACAUUUCUGGUAAGCAGCUUUGGAAAUCCUCUAAAUCCAGGAAGUCCUUUAGUUACCAUACAGACCUUAUUCAAUAUCACAAAAAAUUUGGUGAAGAAAAACCAUAUGAAUGUAAUGAAUGUGGGAAGGCCUUCAACAACAGGUCAUCCCUUAGAGGACAUCAGAGAAUUCAUACUGGGAAGAAAUCCUUCGCAUGCUAUGAAUGUGGAAAAGCCUUUUUAGAGAGGGGAAAACUAGCCACACAUGAAAGAAUUCAUUCUGGAGAAAAACCCUUUGAAUGUAAUGAAUGUGGAAAAGCAUUUAGGACCCCAGUAAGAAUUACUGAACAUAAACGAAUUCAUACUGGAGAAAAACCUUUUAAAUGUAAUGCAUGUGAAAAAGCCUUUAGCUACCUAGGAAGUCUCACUGAACAUAAGAGAAUUCAUAGUGGUGAAAAACCUCUUGAAUGUAGCGAAUGUGGAAAGUCCUUCAGACAAAGCUCAUCAUUUAGGAGGCAUCAGAUAAUUCAUACUGGAGAGAAACCUUUUGUAUGUAAUCUCUGUGGGAAAGCCUUCAUUCAUAACUCAUCUCUUAGGUAUCAUUGGAGACUUCAUACUGGAGAUAAACAAUAUGAAUGUAAUGAAUGUCAGAAAUGCUUCAUUGCAAGCUCAUCACUUAAGAAGCAUCAGAUAAUUCAUACCGGAGAAAAACCCUUUGCAUGUAAUGAAUGCAGAAAAACAUUCAUAGAGAGAGGAAAACUUAAUGAUCAUAAGAAAGUUCAUACUGGGAAUAAACCUUUUGUGUGCAAUGAGUGUGGGAAAUCCUUCUUGGAGAGAGGGAAACUUAUUGAACACAAGAGAAUUCAUUCUGGAGAGAAACCCUUUGAAUGUGAUGAGUGUGGGAAGGCCUUCAUCCACAAUUCAUCUCUUAGGUAUCACUGGAAACUUCAUACUGGAGAUAAACAGUGCAAAUGUAAUGAAUGUGGGAAAUCAUUUAGCACAAGCUCAACACUUAGGAAACAUCAGAGAAUCCAUACUGGAGAGAAGCCCUUUUCCUGUAAUGAAUGUGGGAAAGCCUUCAUAGAGAGAGGAAGGCUUUCUGAACAUAAGAGACUUCAUAGUGGAGAGAAACCCUUUGAAUGUAAUGAAUGUGGAAAGGCUUUCAGCAAGAGCUCAUUACUUAGGAGGCAUCAGUUAAUACAUAGUGGAGAAAAACCCUUUGAAUGUGAUGAGUGUGGGAAAGCCUUUAUAGGGAGAGCAAGACUUAAUGAACAUCAAAGAAUUCAUACAGGAGAGAAACCCUUUGAAUGUGAUGAAUGUGGGAAGGCCUUCAGCAACAGCUCAUCCCUCAGGGUUCACUGGAAACUUCAUACUGGAGAGAAAUAUAAAUGUAAUGAAUGUGGGAAGGCUUUCAGUAGAAGCUCAUCGUUUAGGAAACAUCAGAGAAUUCAUACUGGAGAGAAACCCUUUGUGUGUAAUGAGUGUGGAAAAGCCUUCCUAGACAAGGGGAAUCUUACUGCACAUCAGCGAAUUCAUACUGGAGAAAAACCCUUUGAAUGUAAUGAAUGUGGAAAGGCAUUUAGCUAUACUAGAAUUCAUACAAAAGAAAAACCUUUUGAAUGUGAUAAAUGUGGGAAAACCUUCAGCAACAGAUCAAACCUUACAUUGCAUUGGAGACGUCAUACGGGAGAGAAACCCUUUGAAUGUAAUGAAUGUGGAAAAGCCUUCAGCAAUAGCUCAAACCUUAGGAAACAUGGAAGACGUCAUGCUAUUGAAAAACCCUUUGCCAUGAGUGUGGGAAAGUCUUCAGAGAGGAGAUAA